AUGCUACCACCGAAGCAUUCGAUUCUUCCAAUCUCUGGUUCUGACCUACCCACCCUCGCAAACUUCCUCCACACCUCAAAGCUAGCUCUGACUGUAAACCGCCUUAUAUUUAAAUAUUGGCCGAACGAUGUCACGCAACUGCAGCUCUACACCCAAGCCGUUGAAUUCGGGUUUUCCGAUCCGUCAGUGGAAUGUUUGAAAGUGGUUGACGAUGAAUCGGGAGAUAUCGUCGGCUACCUUGCCCUGUCUCGGAAACAGGCGGAAAACGAAGAAGAAAAGCCAGCUGGCUCAGGAGAAGAUCCAGAGCCAGGCGUACCAGACGGACUCAAUCCACCUGUUUUCAAGGCGGUUAUGGGUGCGGUGUCGGGGAUCACCAAGGAGUUUGAGAAGAUCGACCGUUUCGAGGUGACAUACAUGUGUGUCAAACCUAGGAGUCGCAGACAUGGGAUUGGAUCUGAGUUGGUUGGAAAGUGUUUUGAGAAGGCGAAAGCUGCGAACCUACCGCUUGUCAUCUGCGCGGAGCCAGAGGCGCACCCUUUUUUCACGGCGGUUGGAUUCAAAGAUACAAAGCAUGUCGAUAUAGAUCUCAGCCCGUGGGCUCCACCGUAUAGCGGUUUCGGGACGUUCAGACUGACGGGCAUGAUCUGGUCGCCUUGA